AGCGGUGAAGUGAUUCCAGCUGAACCUUCGAGUCUUUGCUUGUGCCUUCUGACAAGAUGGUGAAGUUCUCUCGUGACGCUAAGAACCCCACCAAGGCAUGCAAGGCCCAGGGUGUGGACCUCCGCGUCCACUACAAGAACACCUACGAGACGGCGCAGGCCAUCAAGGGUAUGACCCUGGCGACCGCCAAGAAGUACCUCCAGGACGUGGUCGAGAAGAAGCGCUGCAUCGUCUUCCGCAAGUACCGCGGGUGCAUCGGCCGGACCCCGCAGGCCAAGGAGUUCAAAGCCACCCAGGGCCGCUGGCCUGUGAAGUCGUGCAAGAUCGUGCUGGGCCUGCUGAGGAACGCGGAGGCCAACGCUGAGUUCAAGAAUCUGGACGUCGAGAAGCUGUACGUGUACCACAUCCAGGUGAACGCUGCCCAGCAGGGCCGCCGACGCACCUACCGUGCCCACGGACGUAUCGGCCCGUACAUGAACUGCCCGUGCAACGUGGAGAUGAUCCUUCAAGAGAAGGAGGACGCGGUGGAGAAGGCCGAGGAAGAGGUGGCGCCCAAGAAGUUCACGCGCAAGCAGUUUGCCAAGCUGAAGCUCAAGGUGGGCGGCGACAAGUGAUCCAGUGAGAGGGCAAGAGAAGCAAUCGAUGAGGCGGAAUCACAA